GUCCACCCAACUGGAAUGGCAGCCACAAGAAAGCUUGAUCACAUCACUGGGCAACCAAAGAUGAAGCCAGUGUGUGUGCUAGAGUACAACAAAAAAAUGGGGGCUGUUGACAAAGCUGACAUGAUGACUGGUUUUCUUGAGUGCGCCAGAAAGUCCACCAAGUGGUACAAGAAGGUUUUCUUUCACCUACUUGAUACGGUUGUACUCAACAGCCAAAUAGUGUACCGUCAACUUACUGGGAAGGAAACCACCUCCAUGCAAUUCAGGAUGAACCUAAUGAGAGGGCUGCUGGAGGAGUACAGCACAUCCCGAUGUCCAUCUAAAGGGGGCCGUCCUGCUUUGGAUACUCCUCUGCGCCUUAAAGCCAGGCAUUUUCCAUCUGAGGUACCUCAGACCACUUCCCAGGGCUGCCGGACCAGGCGACACUGCAAGGUCUGCCUCUCCAGUACACGCAAGAGCAAGCAGAGGUGCCUCACCAAAUACAUGUGUGUGCAGUGCAACACUCCUUUGUGUGCUGCCCCAUGUUUUGAGGAGUACCACACACUGAAGCAUUAUUAA